AGCAAUUUCUGCUAAAUAUGGGCAUGAAACCGGUGAGCGUCAGCUCAAGUUGACAGUCUGUGAAGUUAGUGUCAAACCAGCUUAUAUAUCGUUGUAGAAUAACAUUUACGGUGUUAUUUUUGCGCAAAUUCAUUUUAGAGUCGAUAUUAAAAUUUCUGUGCUGCCAUGAACGCAGCAAAACAGCGAGUCAGACACCAGUGAGCAGGAGCAGAGGCGGCAGGCGGAGGAGCUGAAGAUGUCUCCACCUCCACCCUCAGCUCCUGGUCCUCCACCUCCACCUCCUGCUCCGUGUCCUCCACCUCCUGCAGCGGAGAAGAAGAAGCUGUACCAGACCAUAGCCAGCAGCAGGCGUCCUGUGGAGGGGGAUCACACUGAGGCUUGCCUGCUCCUCAGACAGAGGGAGAGCUGUUUCAGGCAGGACCUGCAGUGGUUACUAGUUAACAAGUACGUGCCUUCCCUCAUCCAAGACGGCCCACAGUGUGGCUUGGUGGCCCUGUGGAUGGCUGCCCACCUGCGACAGCCGCAGCUGAGCGUCACCAUGGAGACGGUGGUUCAGACAGCAGUGAGGAGGGGCUGCACCGCCCAGGGGGAAAUGUUUUCAGCGUGUAACAUGGCCCUGCUGGCAGAGGAGCUCUGUGUCUGUAAGGCUGAACUGCUGUCGGGAGGUCUGAGUGGCAGAAACUCGGCAGCCAUCGUCGAACACCUGUGGAGCGGACAACCUGUUCUCAUCCCGUAUGAUGAGGACUUCAACCAUGAGCCAUGCCAGCGUCAGGGUUACAGGGCGCACUGGGCCGUUGCUUCAGGUGUGCUCCUCGGUUUGAACCAGGCGAGCGUAAACAACGAGUACGCUCAACCAGAUCCCUCUCUGCCCUGGCUCUACGUCGCCAAAGGCGGCCAUCUUCCUUGUCCCAUCACCAGCACGAGUGCCGCUGAGGUUUACAUCCUCGCCAAGCAGGGCAAGAGCCUGCGCUACCAGCUGUGGAGUCUGGACAGCGUUGCCCAGAGCAACCGGCAGCUGAGGAUGAUGGACCCUCUGCGAGCCAACGAUGGGAGCCAGUAUGUGGUUCCGGAAGGAGGAGUGGAGGCCGGGCUCGCGGGACAGGCGGUUUUACUCCACACGAGAACUCAGCAGCAGGAACCACAGUGACGUUGCUCAAAAACUACGGUUUCAUCUGUUGCCACAUCCUCCUGAACGGUCGCUACGCAACGUUAGUAUGUUUACCAGAAGAUUUUGUCUAAUCGAGAGCGAAAAGUUUCACAAUCAUUUUAUAAAUGUUUAGACAAGUGAUAAUGACAAUUGUAGACAUGAUAUAUCUAAAAAAUAUUUUUAUGGUCUGAAUAGCUUAAUAUUUCAGUUUGUACAACUGCAGUCCAUUGCGAAACACUUUGAACUGACUUUCCCCAUCAAACAAACCUUAAAGUGAUUGGUUAACCUUCACAGCAGCUUUAGCGUCGACCAAUCACCUUGUCUGUAACAGUGUUACAGACAAGGUCUGACCUUGUCAGUGUUACAGACAUUCCACCCACUGAAUUUCAGUGGGUGGAAUUCAGUGGAUUCCACCCACUGAAUAAUCAGUUAAGCAUAUACAACUUUAAUCAAUACUUCUACAUUUAAAAUAUGUUCGUUAUUGACUUACAUAUUGCACACACGCAUUCACAAUUUUAUUUAAAUCAAUUUAUUUUGCUAAUGAACUGUGGCACUUUUGGUCCUUGAUUUUGUCUUUCAUUUUUCUAACUUGGUUCAGUUUCUCCACUAACUGAACAAAACGAUGAGAUUUUACAGUAUUUAUAUUUGAGCAAUUUAAAAUAAAAUGCCUUCUCGUAUUUUUCCACCUUGUUUUGAUCUUCAGCUGCCCUAAUGAAGAAAAAAAAAGUUUCUUGUAGAUCUUAUUUUCAGUUUAUUGCAAUCCGUAAUGUGGACAAAGCAGGGAUUAACAAUUUCAUUAGUCUUUGUUUAAGACCUUUAAGAAAACAAACAUAAAAAACAAAAAAAAACAAAACAUGGUUUAUAUCCAGUUUUCUUUCUUGGAAAGUAGCACCCAGUUUGAGAACCUGAUUAUUUCCCCACAUCACAGAGAAUUUGUGGGCUGGUAAUACUUUGUAAACAUUAAUACUACAUUUCCACCUGGUGUGAUUACUAUUUAGAGAUGAAAGUGUUUAUUUUAUUUUCAUUACGUUAGAUUUAUGCAGUGCCAAAGUAAAUUUUUGUACCAAGUUAAAGAAUUGCACGCAGACCCUCUAGAAGAGCGGCCGGACACCGAUCGAUUUCCAAAACAUUAUUAUUAUUAGCACUGCUAUGGUAUAUUACAGCAUGGUUUCUAUGUAAACAUGCUGAAUACUAGCAUCAGACGCUACACCAUCCAGUUUAGUGUACCAAAACAUCCUCGUCAAAGGUCAUCUCAUCUCAAUAAUUCUUUAAACUUAGACAAAGAUUUUCCAGUCGGUUGUUCUAACGAAGCCUCUUAAAAGCUCUAACACAUUAAUCUUACCUCUAGUUAAAUUUCACCCUUUAUACCACCAGUUUGUUGUAAAAUCCCCAAAGCAAAGCUGAUUAGAGGAAAUCUAAUUCAUGUUCAGCUGUAAACCAAGCACGCACACGCACACACACACACACACACACACACACACACACACACACACACACACAGAGGCACUGCUUGUUUUGUUCGAUGGCUUUUUGAGGAUCCACAGUGCAACAAUUUCCAAAGAGGAGCAGCUUGGCCAAGCUGCUUACCGUACAUUAAGAAUAAAAGAAAAAAAAAA